CUCAAGACUCUGCUCCGAGUCCCCGGAACAGCCUCCGACUGCACCCGACGACUCCGGCACUGGCAUGGCUUCUUGGCUGGCAAUCGAUUUCGCAGGACCGCCCCCACGUGAUUGCAUGAAACCAGGACGGACUGUCGUGCGCAGCGGCCCGAAAAGGCAAUCGCUGCCCGAAUGUGCGCCAGCCCGCCCGGCUCGCUCCAUCCCGCCCCGUCCCAUCCCCUUCGUUCUGGUCCUGCGUUCCCGGUCCCAUCGCCCCGCUGUGUCCGGCCUGUGAUCGACACCCCCUCCUCCGCAUCGUCCCUCGAGCCCCAGCGCCGUCGAGCAUUUAUCCUCUCAGCUCGCCUCAAGCUACAUCUGCAGCCCGCCCUCAAGCCCGCGUCUGCCACCGCCACCGCCAUGUCCAAGUACAGCGCACUCCCCGACAUCGACUACAACGCACCGGAUGUCUACGAGACCCCCGAUACGCCCAGCGACGCCAACGCUCUGAUUGAGGACUCUUUGGUUUCGACCGAAGAGACCAGCACCGACGAAAUUGUCCGUCUCUCGACCUCGACCACGGCUGCCCGCGAAAAGUUCCAAAGCUCGGUCGUCGAUGCCUCGAACGUGGACUUUUCGGGAAAGCUCAGCAACCGGAAGCGGCCGCUGAUGUACAAAACAAUCAACCUGCCGGACCGCGAGGUCUACUCGAUCAUCCCGUCGAGUAAGAAGGUCGGUCGCGGCUUUGCCGACGAACAAGAGUCUCCCUUUGACAAGCUUCGCCGACUGCUUGCCGAGACCGAGGAGCUCCAGGAGGAGAUCGAGGCCAUCGGCUCGCAGGCCAGCAGCGAGCCUGCCGAGGCCCCGAAUGAGGACAAGGCCAACUCGAGCCCGCUCUCGCACAGUGAGCUCGUCCAGCAGCUCGCGGCCCUCCAAGCCGAGCUCGGCAAGAUCUCAUCGCACGCCCACAGCGCUGCGGGCGAGCCCAAUGCCUCGAUCACCAAGCACCUCGAGACGGGCAAGUCGCUGAUGGCCCAGCUCAAAGCCUUCAAGGAGCUGUCACUGGGGCAGCCGAGUGACAGCAGCGCCGCCCCGGCUGCCGAGGCACAAGCUGAUGCCGAGGGUGCUCCUUCGGCCUCGCCAGCCAGUGCUGCCGCUACAGCCGCACCGGCCGCGGGCUCGGUCACCUACGAGCUGUACUACUCCCCCGAAACCGCCAAGCUGACGCAGCUCACCAAGGUCACCGAACUUGAAGGCCGCCUGACCUCGCUCGAGAGGCUGUUUGGAUCCAACUUUUUGCAGCAGAGCGGCGAGGGCUCGGCGCACUCGUUCCUGCGCAACAACGGCAGCUUGGUUGCCGCCCUCGACAAUCUCGACCACCAUUUGACCCUGCUCGCGAACCCGCGACAUCUCGAUCAGAUUUCCAAGCGGGUCAAGGUCCUGACCAUGGAGAUGGCCAACCUGUCGGAUCUGCACAAACAACAGCAGAUUCAGGAGUCGGCCACGGCCGAGAUUCUCGAGGAAAACGAGGACGGCGUCGUUGCCCCGCUCAGGAGCACCCCAUCCGAGACGGACAAGAAGAUUCUCUAUCUGCACAGCACCAUGGAGCGUCUGGAGCCCAUGUCCAACAUCAUCCCGCAGCUUAUUACCCGCCUUCACUCUCUCAAGACCCUGCACCAGGAGGCUGCUGUGUUUUCAGAGUCACUCAAGAUGCUGACCCAGGGCCAGGACAAGCUCGAGGACAAUUCCAAGCUCAUGCAGUCGGCCAUUGCGCGGCUCGAGUCCAGCAUCGCCGAUAAUCAAGCCUCGGUCGAGAAUAACAUCGAGGCCCUGGAGAAGCGGAUGAGCGGUCUGAUCGAGCGCAUCGAGAAGCUCUGAACGCAGCGUCGUCCCGGCAGUGGCGCUCCUCGCCAUCUUGUCUGCCGCUGCUGGCGCCGGGCUCGUCGCGCAAGUGCGCAAGAGCACUAUCCUUCCCAGAUUCGCUCGCAGCCCUUCCUUGCUUCACAGCCCCACCUUUCAUGUUUUGUCGCUUGCUCCUUGCCGCAGUGCCUGUAAUACAGAUAUCAAACACGACCAGA